CCCGCCGUCCAAUAAGCACCGUUGCUCUUCCAGCCACAACCUCGCGAGACUCAAAACUCCCUGCCGCCAUGUCUACUAUGGGCAUUCACUGUGGAGGAGCGAGGCUGCGGUCUCCAUUUUAGAUGUGGGCGAGAGACCGAAGUUUGUAGGCAUAAGAGAUCGUUCUAAGGUGUAGCCUCUGUGUAACAGACCGCGAAUAUUUCCUGAGCCGGUUCGAUGUUUGUUUCUUCGUUUACGGAAGAGAAGUGGGCAGGGAUAAAGACAAAGAGUUUGGCGGUGGUGAGGGAACGGUAUGAGCUGAGGGCGGCACCUUGAGCAGAACUUGUCCGACAUGAGCAGCUUCUUCUCAGACUGACAGAGAUAUAAUUCCUGUUGCUCAGGUUGUGGUUGCCUUCCUGCCUUUCGUUUCCUUUUUCCAUCUCUGAAUUGGGAUAAAGGGAAGACAAGAGGAAGAUGCCGCUCUUCUUCCGUAAAAGGAAACCCAGCGAUGAAGCCCGCAAGCGCCUUGAGUACCAAAUGUGCCUGGCAAAGGAAGCCGGAGCUGAUGAUAUACUUGACAUAUCCAAAUGUGAACUCUUAGAGAUUCCGUAUGGAGCCUUGGCGACCUGUAAAGUCUUGCAGAAGAAGGUGCUGAUUGCUCACACCAAUUGCUUGACAUCUCUGACCCCUAAAUCCUGUAGCAUCCUGAAUCUCCUAACUGUGAAGGUUUUAGAUCUACAUGACAACCAGCUGACCUCACUUCCUCCUGAUAUUGGCCAACUGACGUCUCUCCAGGUCCUGAACUUUGAAAAGAAUCUAUUGAAGGCCCUUCCAGAUUCGAUAGGGGACCUUGUCCAGCUGCAGACGCUUAAUCUGAAAGGCAACAAGCUGAAGGAACUGCCAGCCUCCCUGGGUGGCCUGCGUAGCUUACGAACCUUAGACAUCAGCGAAAACCUAGUGCAGGAGUUGCCGCAGGCACUGGCUCACAUCCGAACACUGGAGUCACUGACCCUGGAUGCCUCGUCCAUGUCCUACCCGUCCAAUGACAUCUGCAGCGCUGGCACAGAGGCCAUCCAGCAGUUUCUGUGUGGAGAAUUAGGAAUUGAGUACAACCCUCCCUCGCAGUAUUUACUCCCAGUGUUGGAAAGUGACGGAGGUGAGACUUCGGUGGACGGAGUCAGCAGGAUGGUCAUGAAAUAUGCGGAGAAUGAGGCUCAGUGGCAGAACAAAUUUAUGGACUACGAGAAGCGGAAGGAGCAGAAGAUGCAGGAGAAGCUGGAGUUUGAGCGCUGGCUGGAUCUGGAGCAGCGAGGUCAAGCCCAGCUCAUGCACCAGAGCCACGCCCAGAAAGGGGAGAUCCUCCAGAGCAUGAAGGAGGAGCAGGUGAGGCUGGAGCAGGGCCUGACCCGGCACCAGGAGCGCCUGGGAGAAGAACGCAUGAAGCUGUUGGAGCAGCUGAAGCAGAUGGAGCAAGGGGUCUCUGGGCGGAUCAAGAAGCUGCUGGAAGAGAACCAGAGGCAAAAGCAGAGCUCAGAGAUUCUCAAAUCUCUGGAGAAUGACCGGAUCCGGAUGGAGCAGCUGAUGGCCAUUACUCAGGAGGAGGCUGAGCAGCUGCGCAGGAAGGAAGUGGCCUCGGCCAUGCAGCAGAUGUUGGCCGAGACCUAUAAGAACAAGCUCCUGCAGGUGGCUUACGAGUCACGCCGGCAAGAUCUUGUCAACCAGACUUGUUCCAGCCUAGCCAAGAUGGACCAGAAGUUCCAGCAAAUCCUAGCUUGGCAGGAGCUGGACCAGAACAAAGCCAUCAGCCAGAUCCUGCAGGAGAGUGAUAUGCAGAAGGCUGCAUUUGAAGCCCUCCAGGUGAAGAGGGAUCUCAUGCACUGCCAGAUCAGAAAUCAGAUUAAAUUAAUAGAGAGAGAGUUACUGCAGCUGACCCAGCUGGAGUUAAAGAGGCAGCAGUUGGACACAGAGGCACUGCAGGAGGCAAUCACAGAGCAGCGGCAAGCUCUCACUUACCUGCUGCAGCAGCUGCUGAAGGAGAAGAGGCAGCGGGAAGAAGAGCUGCAGGCCAUCUUGAGGGAGCUGGAAGCUAAGAGUGAGACAAAGCAAGAGAACUACUGGCUGAUUCAGUACCAGAGGCUUUUGGACCAGAAGCCCCUUUCACUCCGGCUGCAGGAGGAAGGACUGGAACGGCAGCUCGUGAAGCUCCUGGCAGACCUGUCAGCUGACCAGUACACGCCCGUCUUUGCACAUCACCGGAUCUCACUCAAAAUGCUAAGCGCCAUGGUCCCAAGUGACUUGGCCAAGAUGGGGAUCACAGAGACAGGCCUGCAGCACUCCAUCAUCCGGAAGGCACGAGAGAUCCACGCCGUGGCUGAAACCAUCCCAGAGUUGCUGAAGCCUACAGAAGAGGCAGAGCUUGCAGCUCCGGGGACCAGCAGAGAGCCCCCCACCGCCAUGGCUCCUUCUGCCCCACCACCAGAAGAGCACCACUGUGUGGUCUGCAUGGAGCGAGAGGCCCAGGUGGUGUUCCUGACUUGUGGCCAUGUCUGCUGCUGCCAGACCUGCUCCGAGGCCCUGAGCACCUGCCCGCUGUGCCGCAAGGAUAUUGUCCAGCGCAUCCGUCUUUUCUACAGUGGAUAGCCCCACAUGGGGACAGCGUCACUCCCAUCAUGUGCCCGCUUCUUCCCUCUCAACCUUGCGCACUGAGUUGCCAGGGGUGGGGUGGGGUGAAUGGUUCUUUUGGCGUGCUGUGUAGGCCAGUCCGGGAUAUGCACUACCUCCUUGCUCUUUGUCUGCGUAACCAUCACCAUCCUCUGCUCACAGAGCAUGGCUGCAAUUCUCCCACUCCCCAACUCUCAGCUGUUGGCUUGUAGCUGCUCUAAGGCCAAAAUGGAGGCACAUCUCCAGGCUGAGGGCAGAACGGUGCUUGCAGUUCCUGAAAAGCUACUCUCACGUUUUGGGGAACAGGCAAACACCACAUCUUCUCUGGCAGACUGGCAGGGGUUAUUUAAAGAUGCCAGUCCCAACCUAUGGGCAGAGUGGGUUCUAGGAGCUUCAGUACAGGAGAAGAGAGUCCCUGCUGUCUGCCCGCCUAAUGAAUCAGGGCUGGCGAGUGUGUGUGUAUAUA